UGUUCCGUCGCUCGCGCGUCCUGCUCUCCGCUCCAGCGACUCCAGUCUCGCUUCGGAGUCCGGAGCAGUCGAACGCGCGCGCCACAACAUAAAUAUACGUAUACAGCUCGUUAUAGCUGAUGCACCAGAGUUAAAUGGACACACCAAACGCCCACGGUUACUCUCACCACCCCAGGAGAAGACCCUUGAAAAUUUAUAUGUUGUUUCAUUGCCGCGCACGGGUGUAUUUUUUAUUUUAAUUGUAGACAAGAAAAAAAAACAACAACAACAGCCCCGAUCUCCGUCGCUCUUUUUUGGGAUAAGGAUACUUACUCCUUCGGGCAAGUUGUGGGGAUAAAUACGUGGAAAAAGAGGAUCGGCAGUCCCGCGCUUUGGCCGAGGAUGCAGCAGUGCCGGAGAUGAGGACGAUGCUGUCGAAGAGACGAAGACGAAGGUGGGAUAGAAGCAGCAUCAGGUGAGGCGACUACGAGGAAGAAGCAACAAGGAAACGCGCUCCAGCGUCAGCUGCAACUGCAACUGUAUACACGUGUAUUUAUACGUAUAGAUACGCACACCUAUGAGGAGCUGAUGCGCGCCCGGAACAGGGACGCCUCCCCCCCGACCCGCGGGGCUAGCGACUGCACCACGAUACAGUGACCCGCCUAUCGGGACAGCAUCGAGUGAUCGUCGUAUCGAAACAAACGCAAGUAGGAUCGGAUAGAGAAAAAAAGGAAAAAAGAUGCGAAAAAUCGGUAAAGCUUCGGUGGUCGUCGAGUCGGAGAACGGUCUGAAGAACGGGACGGCGAGCAGCCCCGUGGACUCGUCGCCGGUGCGCAACAAUUGCCAACAGAGCCCCGGCAGCAUCCUCGAGGAGAUAUUUUACAUAUCGUCGAAGCGCAGUAGCCUGUACAGGGUCAGGCUGACCGAGCGCUGCCUCAGCUUGCGGAAGGAGAGCAGCACCGGACCCACCAAGACCGAGUCCAUACUCAUCGACGACAUCGUCGGCUGCCGGUGCAUGAGAUCGAAGCGCAGCAACACGGGCAGCUGCGCGUGCCGAGUGGCGAGAAGCCAGUCGCGGCUGGUCGAGUCUACUGAGCCGAUACAGCCGCACGACGAGUACGACACCUCGGCCUACCUCUUCAUCUACGCUUACAUCCUCAAACGGGCGCACAAGGACCCGACGAACGGCCGGCCGAGGCGGCGCGAGCGCAUGACCAUAACACUGAGGUUUCGCAGCUUCGACAGGUACGAGGACAAUUGGCGCGAGGCCAGUCGCUGGAGGCUCGCCAUCAUGUGCCUCGUCAAUCGGCUCCCCGUGCCCAGGCCCUACAUGAGCCCCACCCACCGCAACCUACAGUCUUUGCUCAGCGCUUGCCCGGGCGAUCGCAAGAAGCUGCUCGUCAUCCUGAACCCAAAGGCGGGCUCGGGCCGGGCCCGGGAGAGUUUCCAGCGGCGGGUGCACCCGAUCCUGUCCGAGGCCGAGCUCACCUACGACGUCUUCGUCACCCGGCACCCGAACUACGCCCGGGAUUUUGUGCGCGGCCGCGAGCUCGGCCAGUGGUCGGGUCUCGUCCUCGUCGGUGGCGACGGCAUCGUCUUCGAGGCCAUCAACGGCCUGCUGCAACGGCCCGACUGGCAGGACUGCCUCGACAGGUUGCCGAUCGCGGCCAUACCCUGCGGCUCGGGCAACGGCCUCGCCGCCUCCGUCGCCUUCUCCAGCCAAGAGCCGUUCGACCAGAAUCCAAUGCUGAUAAGCGCAUUGGCGGCGGUGCGUCGCCACACGAGCAAAAUGGACCUGGUGCGGGUGGAAACGCGCAAACAGAUCCUGUACUCGUUCCUCUCGGUCGGCUGGGGCCUGCUCGCCGACAUCGACAUCGAGAGCGAGCGAUUGCGCGCCAUAGGCGGCCAACGGUUCACCGUCUGGAGCUUGGCUCGGCUCAUUGGGCUGCGCACCUACCGCGGCGUCGUCUCCUACCUGCCCUGUGGCUCCGACUCCGUUGCCAAUGGCCAGCACAAGGGUACCACCAACAACAACAACAACAACAACAACAACAACAACAACAACAACAACACUACUGUCAUCGGACACUCCAAGAGCUACGGCGAUCAGCUUGAUCGGUACAGCAGCAUAAGGGAGUCGAGGAGCUUGGACGGGGACGUGAACGGCCACGAGGACGGUAUGUACGACGUGGACGGUGACGAGACCGACGAUGUGAGAACGGAGGCCCUGCAGCUAGAGACGGCGGAGAGCAGGCUCAGGUGCGACAGUUUCUUCUCCGCGACCUCGCGCAAGUCCACGUACUUCAGUACGGGCUCGGGCUCCGUCUCGAGCGCCUACCACAGCGUUGGCGAUCGCGACGAUCCGGACUCGAACGUGGACGUAGGUAGCAACGGCAGCAAGGUCAUCUACGGACCGCCCUCGACGCUGCCGGCUCUGACGACCAAAGUGCCCGACUCUUGGAUCAAAGUUGAAGGUGAAUUCGUGAUGGUACAAGCGGCGUAUCAGUCGCACUUGGGACAGGAUUGUUUAUUCGCCCCGAGAGCUAAACUCGACGACGGCAUUAUCUGGCUGCUGAUCAUCAAGGCAGGCAUCAGUCGGACGAAUCUGUUACAGUUCCUACUGGGUUUUAGCACGGGCUCGCACCUGUCCUGUCCGGGUGUCGAGAUGAUACCGGUGCGUGCGUUCAGAAUCGAGCCGGCCGAGGAUCAGACUACGGGCUUGCUCACCGUUGACGGCGAGAGGGUCGACUACGGUCCGCUCCAAGCCGAGAUAUUUCCGUCCCUCGCGACCAUCAUGUGUCCCUGACGACGCACGACCAUCGCCAAUGACAAGAAGAGGAAAAAUCAACACGACUGUGUAUCGGUUGCGGCAGUGUCCGACGAUCGUGCAGUCCUUUUCCGCAGUUACCCCCCCUGAACCGAGCCAAAUAUAGUGCGGACGAUUUAAUUGAGCAACUAUAUAUUUUAUGUAUAACUAAUUAAUUGAUUGUAGCGUAUAUUUUCUCUCUCUCUCUCUCUCUUAUCUCUUUCUUACGUAUAUAUAGUUUUUGUGUUCCACCGCGUGAGAAAACUGACGUGUUUGUUGAUUAGUGAGUAAGGAUCGCGCGAGGCGCAUCUCUUGUUUUAUCAUGUUGCAGUAAUAUAUGGGAGCUUUUAUUCGAAGCGUCAAUUUUGAGGAGAAAAGUUAAAGACGUGUGGCGAGACUUUGAUGAUCAAAAGAAACAUGUGUGUAUAUACUUCCUUGUUGUUUGGUGAUAAAUGAAAAAGAUUUCACGGGAGUUGCACCGGAUGAUUAAAGUUAUUUAUUUUUUAAAUGACCAAAACUAAAAUUUGUAAUUUAAAAAAUUUUAUUUGUCAAGCAUAAAUAUUUUAGUUUUUUGUUUGUUUGUCUGUAUAUGGGACAUCAAGAUAUAUAUGUUACGUGUUUACUUAUACUUUGGUAACCUUAUUGGCUUUAAGUCUUGAUAUCUUAGGUUAAUUGAUAAAAGUAUAAAAGGUAAAUAAAAAAUUUAUUUGCUGAGAGACUGUAAAUUCAUGUCAAUUAUGAAAAACGUUUCAACCUUGCGCCAUAGGAAUAUAUAUGCUCCAUGAAAUAUUAGGGUCAAGUCGACGGGUUUGAGUCAUGGUGUCAAUAGGGAAUGGUAAAACAAUGAAGAAAAAAAAAAACUUUUGUUGUACUAACCAGUUAAGGGAAAAGAAACAUACUUCAAUUACUAUUUAUUCUAAAUUAAUGGUAAUUCUUUCAGUGAGUAUUUUUAAAUGAUUUGCCUAAAUAUUGUAGAUAAAUGUAAUGAUAACAAAGGUACAUCGAUUUCCUUCUUAUUUUUCUAUUAUUAAUAUUUCAGAUAGUUUUUAUUGGACCCAUAAAAAUAAGAGUGAGCUUAAGUUUUCAACAAUAUUUUGGAUUUUGCAAUCACUGUAUUUUAAAAUAAUAAAAUCAUCGAUUUUUUUAUACAAAAAUAAAUAAACAGAAACCAAAUAUCUUACGGGAAAAUGUAGCAAAAUAAAAAGCACAUGUUUUUUUGUUACAAAUGACCCUUAUAUUUCUUCGAAAAAUUAUCAUUUUAUGCGUUGUACAAUUAUCUGGAAAAGAUUACUUGUUAUUUGUAACUUUGAAUCUAAAAUUAAAAACAUUAUUUACGAUGUA